UUAAUGCUCGGAACGAUCUCCUACAACAAUGCCAAACACCUUCACGUACAACGUGCCUCGAGCCAACCACCUUACUCACGACCAAAAAAAGCACAGUUUGCUGAAAACUAUCAAUCUCUACGCGCAGUCACUUAGUACAUCUUCUGCAAUUGAAUAAUCUUAAGCAUGACGGACUAUAAAGCCCAUAAGGUUACUGAAUUACGGGACAUGUUAUCGAAACGCGGUCUUUCGACCUCUGGUAACAAAGCCGAGCUCAUUGAGCGGUUGAAGAAGGCAGACACCGAUGCAGGGAAUCCUGCUGCAAAGCCCACGGUGUCUACAACUGCGUCUGAUUUGGGUGAUCUUGCUCCUCCCGAGGAUGACAUCGAUUGGGGAGAUAAUGACGCCGAUGAUGCACUUGGAACAGAACCGAUGGCCGCAAAGGAUGCUACAACGGAUGCUACCGAAGUUUCAAACUCUGUUACUGAAAGUUUAGAGUUUCAGGCACCCGAAACAGCGUCCAACGGAGGUUUGACGAAGGAGCAGGUUUCAAAAAGUAGCAGCAUACCCUCCGUAGCUGAAACCGAGUCCAAAGAAAAUGCUACAGCAGCAACUACUGCUGCCACUGCAGACGCACAAAAAAGUAUCUCACAAAUGUCGGAAGCUGAACGUAGAUUAGCUCGUGCUAAGCGUUUUGGCGUUUCCCUCGGUGAUGAGAAGGUAAAGCGCUCUCUUAGAGAGGCACGUUUCGGUGGAAACGGAAAUAAACAAAAGAACAACGGUGCAAGAUUUCCUAAAAAUAAUGGACGGGACAACAAAAAUCGGUCACAAAAACAACAAAACAGAAACGACAAAAAUGACAAGGCAGCCGCCAAUAAAAAACGUAAGCCUAGCAUUCUUGACGAUCCUGUUGAGCUGGAAAAGGCAAAGAGACGUGCUGAACGGUUUGGUUUGAACAAGGCGAAAGCCACUGAAGGACAAACCACUACUACCACUACGACCGAUACUACGUCUCUUUGAUGUGUUUUCUUGCUCUUGUUUUCUUAGUGCUUUAUCGUUACUGCUACAUCUAAGUGAGGGGGCGUCUCCGCAGACAACUUGUAUGACAACGUAUGUCUUGUUGAAUUCCUCAUGAAAAACCGUAUGCUCGUGUGCACUCCCGGCCACCCAUACCCUACAUGCUUGUACUUUUGCAAUCGAUUGGAACUCUCAAGUGCUUUUCUCAGGUAUUACAAUUGCUACACUACUGUCUUUGGAUCCGCUUCGCUGAAAACGUGCUCUGUUGUUCAUAUUCGAGUGCUAAUGUAUAUCAUGCUGCAAAUAAAAUCAUCUCUCCGAUUUCUUACUAAAUUUUACUUAAACUGAUGCGAGGAAAAGAAUUCUGUGUUAUCUCAUUCCUUCUCCUAACCGGCUUUUCCGUAUGGCUAUCACGCCUUGUUUAAAUGUUCAUGAUGGGUUCCUUUGUUUUUUCUUUAACGUGAUCAAAUCAACCGUUUGCUUUUUUGUUUUAUUUUCUAGUUUGGGAUUCAUUUCUGUUAUCCUUUAUUUUCAUUCCCUUAUCAUCGUUGUUUACGAGAUUACUCUAUGAUUUGCUUUCUCCGUUGUACACUACGAUCGGUUUUCGUGGUAUGUAAUUUAUGUUUAUUCUUUCGAAGUUAUGUUCCCAUGUUUAUGCAUGAUCAAAUGACUCGGUUAGUUCAUUUGGUUAUGAUUAGGUGUCGUUAAACGAACAUCCGCAAUCUCCUUAAUUAUUUGAUGGUCGUGCGUCUUAAUCUUUACAUUUGAGCGGAUAAUAGCUCAAAAUGCGUUACUUUUCCUCUUCGGCUUGGCGUCAGAUUUUUACAAUUUCCGUAGUUAUGCAUCACUGUGAUGCUCACUACCGAAUUAUAAAAGCUCUCUUCUCGCUGCUAGGUAUGCAACCAUAUCAUAAUACUAAACGUUUGUCUUUUUUUUAAACUGGGGCGGACAACAUUUAUCGUUCAUUGAUAAACGUUUCACAAGUCCUGCAUUAACCCUCAUCCUGCCCUACGUUCCAGAAUGUCA